UGUUGCUGCAAGCCGGGUGCAUCUUAGCUCGUCAUGGAGACCCCAGCACGGUGUCUGCAUCUUCUCCCUCUGUUGCUGCUGCUUUGUGGUGAGUGUGCCCAAGUAUGCGGCUGCAACGAGACAGGAAUGCUGGAGAGGUUGCCUCGCUGUGGGAAAACCUUCGCUGAAAUGAUGCAGAAGGUGGCUGUCUGGAAGUGGUGCAACCUGUCCGAGUUCAUCGUGUACUAUGAGAGCUUCACUAACUGCACGGAGAUGGAGACCACCAUCGUGGGCUGCUACUGGCCCAACCCGCUGGCCCAGAGCUUCAUUACUGGCAUCCACAGGCAGUUCUUUUCCAACUGCACCAUGGACAAGACCCACUGGGAAGACCCCCCGGAUGAAAUACUCAUCCCACUGAUCGCAGUUCCUGUUUUGCUGACUGUGGCUAUGGCUGGUCUGGUGGUGUGGCGCAGCAAGCGCACUGACCGGCUCCUGUGAGGGGCUGCUGGAUGGGAGGCCAUGCCUGGUAAGCUGGAAGAGUGAUGCCCAGAGCUUAGAGAGCUGGCAGACACUGCUUCUGUCUGGUCUGCUUUGGCCACACCCUACCUGGUCAUGCCAAAGUCCUCCUGACCAGGCUGCUGUGGCUCUUGCUGUUUAGCCUGCUGCCCAGUGGGGAUCAGCUGCCCAUACAAGUGCUUCACUCUUUCUUGGGCUAUUGGAAGGAAGUGACAAAUCUCAAGUUUGUGGACCAGGUGUGGAAAUCAUCUGUUGCUGAGCCCCACUCUCCCCAGCCUGGGUUCCCUAGUCUCUAAACAUUUCUUGGCAGUCUUGCUCAGCCUCAACCCCAGCCCAGGUCCUGACUCAUUUCUAGCCCUGACCCUGACCCCUGCUACACUUGGGCAGAGAGGGCAGGCAAGGUCAUCUGGAAGAUGUGGAAUCCCAAGCUCUUCUGUUCGAGGGACUGAGCAUAUCUUGUUGGACAUGAAAGAUAGCCUGGGGACUGGGGAAUGGCGUCAUUAGGAGCCACAUGUGACCUACAGACCUGCCUGCCUGCUAUGUGAUCGGUCAUGAUUCUGUGUCCAAUGUGGGCUGGAGCUGUGGCUUGUUCAGCCCUUCAAAGACACUUGCCCUGCAGAUGGAGCGUGAACUUCCUUCUUGAGGGGUGUUCCUGGGAGUAAGGCAUGCUCCAAGUGUGCUCAAGGGUUCUGUCUGCUGAUGUCUGCUCCUUUUGAUUAAAGUGUCUCCUUACACAUG